AUGGAUGUGCCUCCGGACGGAAUACUUAUCAACUUAAGACAGCUGAACUCGGUCACUUUCAACGAUGAAAGAACAGAAGUCACGCUGGGGGGCGGUGUUCUGAUUUCUGAGAUAAUCGAGGCCGCUGCUUCAAACAGUACCUUGGUUUUAACUGGGAAUUGCAACUGUGUUGGUGCUAUCGGCGCUAUCCUGGGAGGAGGGUACGGUAACCUGAUGGGUAUAUAUGGAUAUGGAGUCGACAACAUUCUAUCACUCAAUGUCGUUUCUGGAGACGGUGUCCUGCAGACGGUUACAGAUGGUGAUGACCUUUUCUGGGCUGUCCGCGGUGCAGGUCCUAACUUUGGCGUUGUGACGUCUGUGAUUAUGAAGGCAUACCCCGUGCAACCAGCCAGUCUAUAUGCGUGGCUGGGUAUUCUCACCUUUACAGGGGACAAGAUUGAAGCAGUCGCCAAAGCUAUCAGUGAGCUCGAAUUGAAACCGGAGAUGAAUCUUUUGAUGUACUUUCUAGACGCCCGUGCCCCUUCCAAAACACCUACCAUUGUCGUGACCCCAUUCUACCACGGCUCUGAGGCUGAAGGAAGGGCAGCUUUCUCAUCUCUACUCAACCUUGGUCCUACGCUUGACACGACAGCCAGCACCCAUUAUACUCACUGGAAUGACGGAUCCCAGAGCGCGUGCAUCAAAGGCGGUCGUAAACCGUCAUACUGUUCUGGCCUCGCCAAAAUAGAUCCCGGGACAUGGAAGCAGGUCUGGGACGAAUAUGUCACCUGGGUUUCGUCAAAUGAUGGAAAGUCUCGCAAUAGCACCGUCAUUCUCGAGGCAUAUUCUAUGGACAAAGUGCAAUCAUUCCCAGUGAAUUCGUCCUCAGUACCUUGGAGAGGCCGGAUCAAGUUCAACGCUCUGGUGGUCCCUUGGUACAAUGAUGAAGAACUAGAUCUUGCUGCUGAAUCCUACGGCAGGUUCACUCGUAGCUUGAUUUUAUCCACGAGCGGCCUCGAUCCCCCAGCUACGUAUGUUAACUUUGCAUAUGGUGACGAGGAACCUUCAGAGGUAUAUGGCCAUCAACUCCCAAGGCUACAGAAGCUCAAGGCAAAGCAUGACCCGAAUAACAUUUUCGAUCAGUCGUUUCAUAUCGAGCCAAAGUAUUGA